AUGUUGUCAACUCGGAUGCGACGGCCCGCGACGCAAUCCGUUGUCGCUCUUCGGUCGCUCAGAUCGCCGGCAGCCCAGCCACUGAAUGCGCCAUGGCACCGAUUUGCUAGUAGUCAAUCGCGGAAAUCAGAUCCAUCUCCACACUGGAUUCGCAAUUCCAUCGGAUUUGCCGUGACAGGAACUGCAGCCUUUCUGGGAUACUCAUACCUGACCGGAGGAAAGGAGGCUUGGACAAAUCCCUCGGUGGUUACGAAGCAGGAGCCCGUUAACCCCAACGACCUUCGAGCCGACUUCGUCCAAGAAAAGCGAAGUCUGAAAAGCCCUGCCGUUCACACCUGGGGCUCAAACGUCUAUAAAGUGGUUGAUCCGGGGUCCAAAGAAACCGACAUCAAGACCCCGCGCCGCUUCAAAUACUUUGAUGGUCAGGUGUUGAGAGAUCUCAAGAUCGAGGAAAAGACCGGUGCAGCAAUCACAGAGAAUGGAGAUCUGGUUCAAUGGGGCAAGGGGUUCUCGGAGACGGAAUACCAGCCCACAGCGACUUUGACCGGCAAGAACCUGACCUCGCUUGCUCUGUCCGAGAGUCGUGUCAUUGCGCUAUCCUCAGAUGGCACUGUAUACUCAUUGCCCAUGUCCAAGGACGAGCAACGCACGGGGCCGAAACUGAAAGAAAGCUCUUGGGUUCCACUCUGGUCCAAUCAGUCUGACCUGAGCUAUCGUGUACUGAACCCAUCCUUGAAGCUGGGUGAAAAGGUCACUGCGAUCAGUGGUGGUCUGGAGCAUGUGCUACUUCUUACAAGUUCUGGCCGGGUCUUCUCUGCGGCAUCAUCCACCGAGAAUUAUCCCUCUCUUGGUCAGCUUGGUGUAGAGAAGCUUACCUGGUCCACCAGACCCAAGGGACCAGCAGACUUCUGCCAUGAAGUCACUGCACUGAAGGAUACCAAGAUUGUUCAAAUUGCCACAGGUGACUACCAUUCCCUGGCGCUAAGCAAAGAUGGCCGUAUGUUUGCCUUCGGUGACAACUCAUUUGGCCAACUGGGCGUCGAGUUUGAACCGGAGAGGCCUUUCAAGGAUGCCCCUUUCUCUCUGAAGGUGGAAAAGUUAUAUAAAAGGAACCUUUACGUGCCCAAGGUAACAAGCAUUGCUGCUGGUGGCGCCAACACCUUCUUCACCGUGGAUGCCCAACGCGUCCUGGGGCCUGAGGAGAAUGCCACCGAUGUUCGCGAUCUCGGAAGCGUGACUGCAGACACAUGGUCCUGUGGUAGGGGUAUAUGGGGCACUCUUGGCAAUGGCAAAUGGAUUCACUUGCAGGAUUCGCCCACCAAAGUAAAAGCCUUGAGUGGCAUGAAUGAGUAUGAUGAAAAGACCAACCAAGUGACCCCUAUCCGCAUUCGGACCAUGUCGGUCGGUACAACACAUGUCUCUGCUAUCCUAGACAACAAAGCCAGCGUCAGCAAGGGUGCCAAGGACUCUUUAGAUCAAUCUAAAGACUUCGGCUACGAUGCCCUCUGGUGGGGAGGCAAUGAACAUUUCCAGCUGGGAACAGGAAAGCGAAGCAACCAGUCUAAGCCUGUGUACAUCAGUGCACCACCUGAAAACAAGAAAACCCAGGCUGAGGCGCGAUUGCAAGUCAUUCCCCGUCAUAAGGGCAAGGUUGGGAAGCGCAAUGUGAGCAUGGAACAGCGUGUUGAAUGUGGACGCCAUGUCUCUGCCAUUUAUUCUGCCAUUUGA